AGCGGCUUGUUGGGCGAGAGGCCUGACAAUAAUCUUGGACUUGAAAGAUGGAGAUGACAUAUCCUUUCCAUUUUCCGACCUGGCAGGGUAUUUGUCGUCCAACAAUGCAACCGCAUCAUUAGAAGUUUCCAUGCCCCUGAAACCUGAACUCUUGCUGUGAGCAACCUAGAAAGCCGUGACCCUCCUUUCACCUUACUGUCUUGCACGUCCUUUCUUGUUCCACGUACGCACUCCGGUCCGCGUCCAAGUCCAAUCCAUAUAUGCACGCACACGGCCACGCAGGGCAGCUCUCUCUCCGUUCCGUUCCGUUCCGUCCCCUCCACCCCGCACCUGCAGCCGCGGGAUGACCGGCGGCGGCCGCGGCGCGUGCGCGGUGUGCAAGCACCAGCGGCGCAAGUGCGAGCCCAACUGCGAGCUGGCCGCCUACUUCCCGGCGCACAGGAUGAACGACUUCCGCGCGCUGCACCUCGUCUUCGGGGUGGCCAACCUCACCAAGCUCAUCAAGGCCAACGCCAGCGAGGCCGGCCGGCGCCGCGCCGCCGAGACGCUCACCUGGGAGGCCCGCUGGAGGGAGUGCGACCCCUCGGACGGGUGCUACCGCGAGGUGGCCUGCCUGCGCCGCGACAACGCCGUGCUGCGCGCCGAGAACGCCGCGCUGCGGCGGCAGCUGGCCGAGCAGCAGCUGCUCUGGUCCAGCGCCUGCAGCACUGGCGGCAGCGCGCUUCUGGCCGAGCAGCAGCUGCUGCCGCCGUGUGGGGGCAAUAAUAAUGGGCUUCUGACGGCGAGUAGCAGAGCUCAUCAUGCACCGGCAGCAGCUCUGGCGGCAACGCACACCGCGCUGGCCUGCUACCGUGGCAGCAUGCCGGUGUGUACUAUUACUAUGACAGCGGACGACGGCAGCGGCAGGAGGCCGGCGUCGGAUGCUGCCGCCAUCGCCGGGAGAGGGAGUGGUGCUCAGGUCGACGCUUCUAGGGAUAACAAGAGCAGCGCCUGCAGGUGAUGCUAGCUGGCCGGCUAUACUGCUAAUUAACAACUGCAAAGAAAGGAAGAUACCCAUACCCUACCGUCGUCCUAAAGUGUAGAUUUUUGGUUACUCGUGUACUGAUGACAGCAAGGGCAAGGCGGCUCAAUAUAUAGAAAUAUAUCAACGAGAGCUAGACUACUUCUAUAUGUAUAUUGGUUGCUACUUCAGUUAUAUGAUCCUAGAAAUUACAUGAACCACAAGACCAUCAAAGAUCGAUCGAGUAUUCGAGCAGCAUAUGACGACCCAGCCCCUCAGCAAGUUUUUUUUUUCAUCCAGCAUCACUCAGCGGCUGCUAUAUACAGUGCUUCCUGGCAGCUUACCAGCUGGGUUGUUGUGUCAUUUCACGAACCAGAUAGCUCGCAUAGGGAAGAAGGGAUGAAUAUAAAACUUGUCUUUCAUCUAGAAUCAGAGAUCCAAUAUAUACACUUGUAGGCCUUGGUAUUCCAUCCUCGUAAACAUGGUCCUACUC